AUGUCCAGCGCGACGAUCCGGCGCCUGUCGCGCGUCGCGGCGAGCGCGACGGCGUCCGUGAGCGGACGAUUCGGAUCGGAAGCCCGCGUCAUCGACGCUCGCGCGUCCACGGCCGUCGUCCGGCGAGGGUACCGGGGCCAGGCAUCGGACAUCGCCGGGUGGAGGUCGCGCGGGGGACUCCAUCCCGCGAUGUCGCCGACGCCGUCGUGGUCCACGUCCGAGCUGCUGAACCCGCCGGAGGGUACCGUCGAGUCCGUGCCGAUCGACGAAGAGAAGCUGAGGAAGGUGGCGAGGCAGGCGAACAUAGCGAUCCCCGACGAGGACGCCGCCGACGACGAGGAGGCGGACGACGACCAUCCGACGCUCGCCGCGGUCGAGUCCCCGGCGGAGGGCGCGCUGCGAGGCGUGAACGAGGUCCUCAGGUUCGUUCAGGCGCUGGACAAGGUCGACGUGGAAGGGGUGGAGCCCAUGUGGACGGUGCUGGACGACGAGCACGCGGCGCCCCUUCGAGCGGACGAGGUGGCCGGCGCGCGACGACGAAGACGAGCAUCAUCCCCGAACGCAUCCCCCCCGACGGGCACGUGGGUCCUGGACGGGACGUCAGCGGAGGAGGGCGAAGAAGGGUGGGCGGCGUCGGACAGGGACGAGCUCGUGAACCUCGCGCCGGACUCGAGCCGCGCGCCCUUCUACGUCGCCGCCGGGACGACCGCCGGGACCGACGACGAGUGA